AUGGCCGCCCCCCGAGCAUCCUCAUUCAAAGCCCUGCGCAACCUCCAGCGUACAUCCGCUACGACCCCUGCCAAACGGAGUCUUCACAUUACUGGUGUCCAUGCUUCUCCAAGACCCAUUGAUCCCAACCAUAAGAGCACCUAUGUGCCAUGGUCUCUGCAGGACCUUCGUCAGGAGUGCCAAAAACGAACCCUUUCAGCUUCUGGCACCAAGCACGAGCUCAUUGAUCGACUGGCUGGUCACGACAGUUUGCAGGCGAGAGCAUUCUCCAUUGCUAUGAAACGGAUUGCCGUCGAACAGACGAAGAAACCAGUCUCAGGUCCCUCGGAAACUGCCCCCCAACGACACUUCAAUACCUCCCGCUCACUCAAGGCCGUGGGUGACACAUCCACCAUCGACUUUGCUUACCUCCCCAAGCUACACGAAGAAUCUUGGAGACCCAGCCCUCCGUCAAUCCGUGUUCCUAUCCUACCUUACAUCCAAUCCGAGCAGGCCGAAGCCAUCUUGGAGAGGCACCCGGAACUUGACGCUGCUGCUGGAGGGUAUCAAGAUACUCAAGGUUAUGAGACGAUUAUGAAGCCACAAAUCUUCAGCGUGGGGGAUGUCGCUGGCGGACCGGCAAGUGCCAUGAGUGAUGUGCACGAUGGCCAUCAUCCCACUGAAUUGUCGGUGGAGAUGCUCACAGCUCUCACGGAGACGGUGGGCAAGAGUGCUCGCCAAUUUGUGGACAUGGUCAAAGAUAAGGACCAGGCGACGAUCCGCAAGAUCUGGACUGGGUUCCUUGACGAUCUCUUCGGUCAACAGGGCAAGACAGCCAAGCCAUAA